AUGGCUCUACUUAUUCUAGUGUUCUCAAUUAUUAUCUCAUUUGUUGGUCCGCCAACGGCUGAUGCUUUCUUAGCAUCUGCGUUUUCAUCGGUUUCACAAGCUGGAAAAACUUCAAAUUGUCAUGAUUGGAGUGAAUAUGGACCAUGUUUCAGUACAUCAGAUCGAUCAUUCUGGCGGAACCUUCCCCAACAAUGCUAUCAAAACCGAUACAUGUCAUUAAUCACUGGAAUAGGAAACCCAAUUGUUCAAAAAGUGAUGGAUUACGCUGAACUAUUCAAUAAAUCUGCAACUGCGUGUGGAAUGUGCAAUGUUCAAGUCGCGUGUUCACCUCGAUGUGACUAUGUUGCAGGGGGCAAUUCGUUCGGAGUCGUCGACCGGAUUUGUGAUCUUCCGACCGAGAAACAGGCAUGUGCCAUGACUCCACAGGCAUAUGAUGAGGACAGUGGAUUGUGCAAAGUUUGGCCACCGAGACACACAACUGCUGUUGAUUUCUUGGGAGCACUUGUUCCUCCAAACAUUCGUGAUCAAGUCUGGUCUCUGAAACCACUGAAUUGUAUCAGUAUCAGUGGAAAAUGUUAUUGCUGCUGUGCUCCAUAUACUCCGAACCCUUGUGAUGCUCAAUGUACUCUACAUCCAUGCUCUAGAAGACAAACUUUCUCAAAAACACAAAUCAAAAUUCUUCGAAGAAAAUGGCUACAAAAACAAGAGGAGCAACAGGAAGAGAGAGAAGAAUAA